AUGGCAAAUAGGAAAUCAAACAAUAGUAAUUUUAGUAUAACAAAUGAAAGCCCAAAUAUUUCUUGGAUACCAUCAACUCCGGGUUUACGAGUAUCACAUACUUUUUCUAUAACUUCUACUUCAUUUCGAUUACUAGAAACGCAUUAUUUCUAUAUACUUACUCCAUGGAUAGCUUUAUUAUUAGUUUUUAUACCACUUGGAUACAUUGCUCAUGCAUUUAACUGGAAUGAUGCUUGGGUUUUCAUUCUAAACUUUUUGGCUAUAAUUCCAUUGGCCAUAAUAUUUGAAUAUGCAAUUGAUGACAUUAGCCUAAGAUUCGGUCAGACAAUUGGUGACUUGUUACUAGCAACCUUCAGUAAUACAGUAGAAAUAAUUAUUUCUAUAUCAGCACUUAAAGAUGGACAAAUACGAGUAGUUCAGGACUCGAUUCUUGGGUCAAUUAUUUUAAAUUUAUUAUUAAUUUUAGGAAUAAGUUUUACAAGAGUAGGAAUUUCUAGUAAAACACAAAAAUUUAAUCAAAUUGUCGCGCGAACAAGUUCAUCUUUAAUGACUUUGGCAUGUAUUGCUUUAAUAAUUCCCGCAGCUUUUGUUCAUUCUCUUGGUUCUAAUCAAAAUAAUCAUAACGAACAAUUAUCAUACUUAUCUUACGGAACAGCGAUGGUUUUAUUGAUAAUUUACAUUCUUUAUCUUGUGUUUCAAUUGAAAACUCAUUCGCAUAUAUUUCAAAGGCCACAUAAAGAAGAUAAAGAACCAAAACUACCUCUUGUUGUAUCAUUAAUAUUAUUAGCCACUGUGACUUGUGCUGUAGCAUUUUCUGAAUUUCUAGUUAGUUCAAUCGAAGGAAUUGUUCACACCUUUGGAAUAACCAAAGCCUUUAUAGGUUUAAUUAUAUUACCUAUCGUUAAUAAAGCUUCGGAGCUAUUACAAACUCUUAGUUCUGCAGCAGAUGAUGAAAUUGAUCUAGAUUUUGCUAUCAGUCUUGCCGCCGGUAGUUCUAUGCAUAUUGCAUUUUUUGUUUCACCAUUACUCGUUAUACUUGGAUGGGUAACGGGUCAAGAGAUGACAUUAUAUUUCAAAUCAUUUGAAACUAUUGUAUUAUUCAUUUCAGUUUUAAUGACAUAUUAUAUCAUUCAGAAUGGUGAAUCAAAUUGGUUAAAAGGUGUUUUAUUCCUAGCCACAUAUGUUAUCAUAGCAAUAGCUUUCUUUUUUUAUCCAGAUGAACCUUUAUCAUAUCAAAUGUAA